AUGGCAACCUUCCACUUAGAGAAAUCAGUAAUUGCCAGUGGCAGCUUGGGAACGGUCAAAUCGAUGAAACGCUACUGGAACCAACCGGUGUCCGACAUGGACGAAAAAUCGAAUGCAUCAAAAUAUACUUUACUGCAAAUGGCCUUGAUGCUGCAGAAGAAGAAAGUUGUCGAGUAUCUCCUCCCACAGCAAGAUCUUGACUUGAACACCAAAGCCACCGAUGGUACCACAGCCUUGAUGACCGCAUGCGACCAGCAGGUCCCGUUAGACUGGGUACAGGCAAUGCUGGAGCGAGGAGCAAGAAAGAGCAUUAACGACGAGGACAACGAUGGCCGAACUGCCUUGGAUCGUUGCGAAAAAGGCUCCAAACUGUAUGAUCUGCUAAUCAAGUACGGCGCAACGCCGCGUCCUGAGAAGCCGCCAACGCCUCCCCCGGAGCCGGAGCAAGCGACCCCCGCACAGAAACCAGAAAUGCCGGCCGAAACAGGAAAUGCAAGCACGACUGUGAGUUGCUACUUUCUUAGUGGAAGGGCUGUCACCACCCAGCAACCAUAA